GUGUCGCGCCAACGACGCGCGCCCGCCGCCACGCCGCGCUCCGCGUCACGAUCGCCUUACGUAAUAAUAACUAAUCGGAUCGAAACCGUUGUUCCGAUAAUCGAUUGUGAUUGUAAACUGUCGAUAAUCGCACACUGAUUUUUUAUUAAUUUAAUUAUUUUUUUUGUUCCGCAUCGGCCGAUUGUGAACUUGAGUUUUGUGUACACUGUGUCAUGUUUUUGUUUUGUUUUCGCUCGGACUUAAGAUUAUUUUUGGGCGUAGCUGACUGUGUUUCGCUUUUAUAAUUUAGUAACAAUAUUGUUACUAGUGCGUGUGAUACUGAACAACUAUUUCGAAAAACAGUUCUUGUGAAUUAUUUUGACUUAGAAGUGUUAUGUGGACGUACAUUGAAAAUUAUUGUGAUUUUACAAGUUUCUUCUGAGAACACGUUGAGCAGCGCAACAAUAAGAAAGUAAAAGAAAGAACGUUCGACACGCAAGGGAACAAUCGAUUGAGUCAAGAAUCGAAUUCAAAUAUUUUUGAAUAUAGAAUGUGUCGUGGUACCCGAGUGGUGCAUAAAUAGCGCGUGCCGUGGUGUUGGUGGGUCAGUAUGUGCCGGGCGUGAGACUAGGACGGAUGCACCCCACGGGCGCGGCCAGCCUGCCCGCCGCACCAGAGGCGGAGGUGCAAGCUAUGCACUCGAUGGACUGGCUCUUCAAGAAAGAGAGAAUAUAUCUACUAGCGCAGUUCUGGCAACAGCGAGCCACACUGGCCGAAAAAGAAGUGACCACGUUGAAAGAGCAACUGGCCACCACCAGUCCGACUCCCCUUCAGGCCACAGUCCCAAAGACCAAUGGCUCCCACAUAGAACCCACCAGGGACCAAGCCACGGAGACGAGGAUUGACAGGUUCAGCCCUGACAUCAAGGAAGAGAAGCACGACGUUGAUGACGACGUAGAACAGAAGAUGGAGAUGGCAGCCACCGGGAGAAGUAAUAGCAACUCCUCGAGGAGUAGUCCCGUGGUGCACCAGCCGGGGAACCUUGAGGGAGAGCUCGCUGCUAAGGAGAAAGAGAUCGCACAACUAGUAGAAGACGUCCGCCGUCUCCAAGCAUCGCUGACAGCGCUGCAAGAAGCUCACGCUCAGCAGCUGCAGCGGCUGGAGGAGCGAUUGGACGAGAAGAAGCAGCACAUAGCCCGGCUGGAAGCCAGGCUUGAUACGCAGAGAGACUAUGAUGAUAUUAAAAGGGAAAUCAGUAUGCUCCGAGCGCUCGACUUGGGCGGCGGAGAGCGGUCACUAGAGCGCAAGCCCGAGCUCCGGUCUCCGAGCGGCGCGCCCUCCCUGCGCGACCACUCCGCCGAGCGCGAGCGCAGCGCCGAGCGACGCGACACAGGUGUGGAGGAGUGGCCCAGCACGCCGCCGCCGCUCAACAACAACACGACGCACCACAACAACAACGGCCCCACGCCGCUGCCGCUGCCGCCGCCGAGCCCCUUCCGCUUCGAGGAGCACCGCACCUACAGGUUCGCCGAGGACAUGGGCCCGCUGCCGCCCGGCGCGCUGGUCGGCCGCCUCGGCGACUCCCUCAUCCCCAAGGGCGACCCCAUGGAGGCGCGGCUGCAGGAGAUGCUCAGAUACAACAUCGACAAGUACGCGAACACGAACCUGGACACGCUGCACAUCAGCCGGAGGGUGCGGGAGCUGCUCUCGGUGCACAACAUCGGCCAGAGACUGUUCGCGAAGUACGUGCUGGGCCUGUCGCAAGGCACCGUGUCGGAGCUGCUGUCCAAGCCGAAGCCCUGGGACAAGCUGACGGAGAAGGGGCGCGACUCCUACAGGAAGAUGCACGCGUGGGCCUGUGACGAGGCCGCCAUCAUGCUGCUCAAGUCACUGAUCCCUAAAAAAGUCGGGACAAAGGAUGGCACUGGCGCCGUGUUCGGCCGGCCGGAAGGCGAGGGUGACGACAGGCUCACGCACGCGAUUCUCAGCGAGGCGCAUCUCAUGAAGACGCCCAGCGGACCUCAACACAACGAUGACUCCAGAAGCAAUGAGGACUCCAGCUCACCCAGGACUCAGUGUCCCUCACCUUUCUCGAAUAAGGACUCGAGUCAAAAUAGAAGACUUAAGAAGUAUGAGAAUGAUGACAUUCCUCAAGAGAAAGUGGCGCGCAUUUAUCAGGAGGAGCUCGCCAAAAUCAUGACCAGAAGAGUAGAGGACAUUCGCCGCGAAGGUUUCCCUGGCAUGUUUCCUCCCUUUUUCAGCGGCGGCAUGCCACCACACAUGGAGAGGCCUCCAGAAGACAUUCGCAUGGCACUAGAAGCGUACCACAGAGAACUUGCCAAGAUCCAGCCGGCGGGCAACAUUCCCAACCUGCACAACUUGCCAGCGAUGCCGCCCUUUCCGAACCUCCUCGCGUUGCAGCAGCAGGCGAUGCAACAAGCUCAGAACCAACAGAUGAACGGCUCAGGAGCGGUCCAAGAUCUCUCUUUGCCUAAAGACAAAAACGCCAAAAUGAAUGGAAUGACUGAUAGUGAUAAGGAUAGGUCAAUGGAUGCCGAAGAGGCUAUUAGGCAUGCGGGGAGCGCGUUCUCAUUAGUGAGGCCAAAGCUAGAGCCGGGACAGCAAUCGACAGGAUCGUCCGCGUCCAGUCCACUGGGCAACGCGAUACUACCGCCCGCAAUCACUCCAAAUGAUGACUUCAGUAGUUCAGCGGCAGCAAGCCCACUACAGCGGAUGGCGUCGAUUACAAACAGUCUCAUCUCCCAGCCAUCCAACCCUCCUCAUCAUCCUCCCGUACAGAGGUCGAUGAAAGCAGUUCUUCCACCAAUCACACAACAGCAAUUUGAUCUCUUUAACAAUUUGAACACAGAAGAUAUAGUAAGGAGAGUGAAGGAGGCUCUAAGCCAGUAUUCUAUUAGCCAAAGACUGUUUGGAGAGUCUGUCCUGGGUCUAUCACAAGGAUCAGUCAGCGACCUGCUAGCGAGGCCGAAGCCCUGGCACAUGCUGACGCAGAAGGGACGAGAGCCUUUCAUCCGCAUGAAGAUGUUCUUGGAGGAUGACAAUGCUGUCCACAAAUUGGUAGCAUCACAAUACAAAAUCGCGCCGGAAAAGCUAAUGAGGACUGGAAACUACAGCGGAGCACCUCUUCUUACAGCUUGUCCGCCAAACAUGAACAAACCCAUGCCGCCAACACAAAAGAUGAUUUCCGACGCGACGUCCCUACUGAGCAAGAUGCAGCAAGAGCAGCUGCUGGGCGGCGGACACCUGGGGCACUUGGGGCAGCCCACGCCGCUGCUGCUGACGCCGCCCGGCUUCCCGCCGCACCACGCCGUCACGCUGCCGCCGCAGCACCACGACAACAACAACAAGGAGCGCAAGCCGCCGCCGCCCCCGCAACCGCACCACCAGCCGCCCGUCAUGCGCAACCUGCACCAGCACAUCUCGCCCAGCGUCUACGAGAUGGCCGCGCUCACGCAGGACCUAGACACGCAAACCAUCACCACUAAAAUUAAAGAAGCGCUGCUGGCAAACAACAUUGGCCAGAAAAUCUUCGGCGAAGCUGUACUAGGUCUAUCACAAGGUUCAGUCAGUGAACUGCUUUCGAAACCGAAACCCUGGCAUAUGCUCAGCAUCAAGGGACGGGAACCAUUCAUUCGCAUGCAGCUGUGGCUAAGUGAUGCCCACAAUAUUGAUCGCCUCCAAGCUUUGAAGAAUGAGAGGCGGGAAGCGAGCAAGCGACGGCGGUCAAGCGGCCCCGGACAGGACAACUCAUCUGACACGUCAUCUAAUGACACGUCAGAGUUCUACCACUCGAGCUCCCCCGGCCCCACUGCGGGAGCGCCGUGCGCUAAGAAACAACGAGUACUAUUCUCCGAAGAGCAGAAAGAGGCGCUUAGAUUAGCAUUUGCACUCGAUCCCUACCCAAACAUGCCAACGAUCGAAUUCCUUGCCACAGAGUUGGGUCUGUCGUCACGAACCAUCACUAACUGGUUCCACAAUCACCGCAUGCGGCUAAAACAACAAGCACCGCAUGGCUUGCCGGCCGAACCUCCCGCACGGGAUCAGUCUUCUGCGCCUUUCGACCCUGUCCAGUUCCGUCUUCUCCUUAAUCAGAGAUUACUGGAACUACAAAAGGAAAGAAUGGGUCUCGCGGGAGUACCUCUGCCUUACCCGCCGUACUUUGCAGCAAACUCAAACUUAGCGGCACUGAUCGGACGUGGGCUAUUACCCCCCGAGGAUCAGGUGAAGGACCAGUCUGGUGGCCUUGACCUUUCGAUGCCUCUGAAACGAGAACCCGACGGCGAUGACUUCGAAGAUGACGAUGUCGAGAGCAACCUCGGCUCCGAGGACUCGCUGGACGAGGAAUCUAAGACUGAGCCGAAGGCGACGUCCACGCCCGCGGGUCGCUCCAGUAGACGGAAGCCCGCGGCGCCGCAGUGGGUCAACCCCGACUGGCAGGACGAGAAGCCGCGCAACCCUGACGAGGUGAUAAUCAACGGAGUGUGCGUGAUGAGGAGCGACGACUUCCGGAGAGAGGCGGAGGAGACGGUGCGCGUGGAGCCGUCGCCGGUGGCGGGCGCCGCGUCCCCCGCCGCGUCGCCCGCGCCGCGCACCCCGCACACGCCGCACACCCCGCACACGCCCCACACGCCGCGCCCGCCGCACACGCCCGAUGACGUCAUUCCCGAAGACAAGAUCAAAUCCGAGACGGACGACGGCUGGGAGUACUAAGGCUCCUGGCUGUGCUCUAGCAGAGAGUGAUAAAACGGGUCCCGAACAGUGUGGUGUAGACUUUACCAUAUCACGUUCGAACGAUUAUUUAUUGUGUGAUAAGUGUCCGUCGGUCCGAUGGCGACGUUCAGUGCAAAUGUUACUGUGUAGCUAGUGUUUGUUGUAAUUCGAUUGUAAGGCCAAAGACUUUGUACAUAAUACCCUCGUAGCUUCUCGUGAUACGCCAAGCGCGUCCCCGACCGGGACGAGAUAAACUUGCGAUACAAAAAGAUGCAUUUUUGCUUUAAUUUUUUAAUGUAAAACACGUACCCUGAUUAGGUACAAAUAUCUGAGUAUUUUUAAGUUACGGCUUUUUAAUUCGAUUGUAAAUAAAUAUACCAAAUAUGUGUCGAAUAUUGCCUGCGAACCAGACCCUGUAUAUAAGUAGGUUAGAAACUAUUCGUGUAAGAUAACUCAGUUGCUGAUAAAUUAAGAAUAGGGAAGGUUCAUUAAUUGUUAAUGAAAAUUAUAAAGUGCAAUCAGAUGUAAAUUUAAGCUAUGGUUUAACGAGCCCCAGUUGAAAAGUAUUAUUAUGUUUAUUAGAACCGGCGAGGUUUAAAAUAUUAUAAUCGGGUUAUAUAAGUUUAACAUUUAAAUUAUUAAUGUUUAUUUUAUACUAUUGUAUGUUUUUAUAUUGCAUUAUUUUAUAAAACGCCGCGGGACCGCUCAACUUUGUGAUUUUAGCUGUCAUUUUAUAACGUUUAGUUAUCAUAACUGUCAAUUCUAAUUCCGUACAAUAGCUAUAUUGUUUGUUUCUUUUCAUUUUUAUAUAUUUUUUUAGAAAAUGUACAAAUCAAGACACAAAAUAAUACGAUUAAGCAAGUAAUGUAUUGCUUAUGGUUUAUAGUUAUAUUUUAUUUUAGCAAUAAAUUUGCUUUUAAUCUUAUUUUCUUUAUUUUAUUUUACUUCCUUAUUUUUUCCUUUUUUUUCUUAGGAGAUAAGUAAGAAAAUGUAAAUUUUAAAGGAACCAUACUCCUUGCAUCACGAUGUACAUAGUUAUAUUCAGUUAAAUUGUAAAUAUCUAAUCGAAAUGCCACGUUAGAAUAAAACAUAGUUAAGUAGGAAAAUAGUUCGACCCAAAAAUUUAACUUCGUAAAAGGGUAAAAUCAUAAAUAAUCGAAAUUAUUGUCAUUCUAAAAGUGUAUCGAAAUUGUAACGAAAUUAUGUCAGAAUAGAUUUAGGCCUCCAGGUUUCAAUAAAAAAUGAAAAGUUUGGGCAAUUUCAAUUUUACAUGGAGAAUAAAAAUCUUUAUAAAAAUACAUCCAUUUUUAGAAAUACCAACAUACAUAUCGAUGUUAUAUAUAAACCGUAAGUUAGAUAAGUGAUAGCGAGUAAUAGUCAAUAUAAAUGAACUUAGGCUGUUUAACAGUUACAAAACAGUUAUUUUAACUCUCCAACUCCGUUGUAUGAAGUGAAGGAAAUUUUUUAACGUAUUAAAUAUAUUGAUUUAUAGAAUCAUUUCAUAGCUUUUUGCUUUUAAAAGAAUAAUAUACGUGUAUUAUGAAUAUUAUUGUUAUUUGAUAUAGUUGCUUCUAAUAUUUUUGAUAGAACAGAUACUUACCAUAACGCCUCCAUUAUUUUAAAGAUUUCUUCAAAGUUGCCACCCACUUACUACUCCCAAAAAUAUAAAUAUUUGAAGUCAGAACGUAAGUUUUCAAUGGUUUUUAAAUGAAGUAGGUACCUAAACAAAAUUGUUUUUAGAGAAAUCGUUCAUCGUUUAAUCCAUUUGUCUUAAACAAACAAUAGUCUGGUGAGAUUUAUUCAAAAUUAUGAUAGAGGCCAAGUUUAAUUAUUAGGACUUAAGGGUAACAACACCACUACUGAAACGUUUGAGAAUACCAUACUUUUUUUUAUAAAACAUGUGACGCAAAGUAGGGAAUGUGUAAAAAACAACUGGUUUUCGAAAAUAAAACACUAGGUUUUGGUCAGGUUAGGGCUCUGUCUGAAGUCUUUUUAAUUCAUCGUUAUUUUUACAUGGGCUAUGGGCAGAUGAAAAAACAGUUUUUUUUUAUUUACUCCGUCUUAAAUCAGUCCACAGAUGGACAUAGGCAAGAGCAUACGUUUGCCCUAUUGUUUUAUUCCCAGCUGGGGAUAUUAAGAGGCUGUAUGAUAGAUAGUACUGUUACUAUCAAUAUAUUACAAGCACCUAUCUUUAAGAUACGCCAUCUUGUAUUUUAUAUUGUUACGUUGAGUGUUGCCAGGUUAGAAUGUAAAUAGUAAUCCGGUAGUGAAUAGAUUAUUAUUAUGCGUUAUAUCCAUUAUAAUAAUGAAUAGUAUUAAAAUUAUAGCGAUAAUUAUUAUUGUUCAUAUCAUAAUAUUAAUUAAUAAUGAUGCUGAAAACCAUUGUCUUCUUUCUGAACAAUUUCUAAAGUUAUUAAAAUUAAAAAUAAAGAAAUUGCUAAUCA